AUGAGGUGGAUUUUACCUCUUCUGUUUGUGCUGGCUAAUCUUCCCGUUCUCGACGCCGAAGAAGAAUAUGAAUAUAACGAAUAUUAUGAGCAUUACGAGGAUAUUGACCUUAAUCAACCUUACAUGGUUAUAAGAAAUAUCAAAAAGUGCAAAGCAAUGGACAAAGAAUUACGGAAACUUAUCGAAAAAUUCCAUUUCAAUCUUCGUCAAACGGCAGCUAACGGCUCUCGAUAUCGCGAUGUUCCACUCAACAUAACUUUAAUGAAUGGAUUGGUGUACGACUGCGAGUAUGAAGUUGAAGCGAUGAUAAUGACACUUAAGAAAAAGAAGCUCCCGGACGGAAAGGGAAUGGUUAAGUUCAACAUAACGAGAACGAACGGAACCAUCUUGGAAGCAGUACAAGCAGGAUUAGACUCGCAAUUCAAUGAAACGAAAAUACUACGUCAACUGGUUUAUCCAAAAGCAACUCGAUUUGGAUGCUAUGCACAAUUCCAUACGCAAAUACAUCUACUUUGCAUCUAUGACCAAAAGGCACAGGAAAUAGAACUAUAUGGGCGUUACUGUGAUAUCGAUGAAAAUUGCACUCUUACGCCGAAAACAAGGUGCAAGUGGGGAUUGUGCUAUGUGCAGUUCGGUGUAGAUGAAAUCUAG